AUUGCGGCUUCGGAUGCAAAUGUAGCAUGCUAACACGGCUACGUCUGCAUCAUACACAUCUGUAAACGUUAUGUCUUUCAAACGCACUUUCUGUGGGGCAUAAAUUGAUGGUUUGGACCGUUUUCACGGGACGGGUAGAUAGAACACGUGGGUAAGUGAAUAGUUUAGUUACUAGUCUGGUUAAAGCAGAGCGGUGCUAGUUGGCUAACCGGCGGCUGCUUUAUAAAACAUAACAAAGAAACAAAUGGAGACAGACGCGCUGCUGCUGAUUCUUUUGUUACAGCGCUGCUAGUGUUUUAGCAUAGCGCGAGACCUCAGCUUUAACGUGUUAUAUUUAUAUCUUUAGAUAUAGGAAGAAAUAAGACAUUGGCGUUACUAAUAAGCAGAGCGUGUAUGUGUUUUCUUAAGGAUUCUUUUGCUGUGAGAUAAUUGGGAAUUUGAACCAACAAGAGAUAUGAAUCACAUUGACUUUGUGUCUUCAUUCUCAUGUUUCGACUCGUUUGAUUCUUCUUUCUGUCAGUUUGUAGUCGGAACAGUAAACUGUUCGCUUAUUACUUUUUUGUUUUUAUUGUAGGGUUUUUAACUAUGCCACGCAAGAAGGUGACAGAUGUGUCUGGGAACGGUGGACUGAAGAGAAAGAGAGGAGGUGGAAAGAAAAAGGACAGGGAGUUUAGCAGUGAUGACGAGUUUGAUGACUUUGAACAAGAAAACACAAAGAAAUCUGGGAAACCUGCAGCUAAAGCCGGUCUGCAGCCGGUCACUGUGGCUGAUGAUGUGAAGGAAAAGAUUAAUCUCGAGGUUCCCAAAGUCAAAGGUCAGUUGCUCAUUUUUGGAGCCACCAACUGGGACCUGAUUGGCAGAAAAGAAGUGCCAAAACAGCAAGCUGCUUUCAGGAACCUCGGGCAGAAUCUGUGGGGCCCUCAUCGCUAUGGCUGUCUCAAUGACGUCCAGGUUAGCUGUGUGGUGUCUGGACCCUGUGCUGCCCACAGUGUCCUCAUCACCACUGACGGCAAACUCUGGAGCUGGGGUCGUAAUGAAAAAGGGCAGUUGGGUCAUGGAGACACUAAACGAUUGGAGGCUCCGAAGCUGGUUGAGGGCCUGGGGGAGGAAGUGAUUGUAGCAGCUGCUUGUGGUAGAAACCACACCAUGGCUUUAACAGAAAAUGGUACUGUCUACUCCUUCGGAGAAAACAAACUGGGGCAGCUAGGUCAGGGCAAUCAGACUGAUGCUGUGCUCAGCCCAGCUACAAUCCAGUACAACGGGCAGCCGAUAGUCAAAGUAGCCUGUGGUGCAGAGUUCAGUAUGAUUGUGGACUGCAAGGGGAACCUUUAUUCUUUCGGUUGCCCGGAAUAUGGCCAACUAGGGCAUAACUCAGACGGAAAGUUCAUCGCUCGUGCCCAGCGCAUCGAGUUUGACUGUGAGCUGAUCCCUAGACGGGUGGCCAUUUUUAUUGAGAAGACAAAGGAUGGCCAAGUGCUUCCUGUGCCCAAUGUCGUGGCUCGGGAUGUAGCAUGUGGGGCCAAUCACACACUGGUGCUAGAUUCCCAAAAGCGUGUGUUUUCAUGGGGAUUUGGGGGAUAUGGACGAUUAGGCCACACCGAGCAGAAAGAUGAGAUGGUCCCACGGUUAGUCAAACUCUUUGACUUCCCUGGCCGUGGAGCAACUCAAAUAUACUGUGGCUAUCAGUGUUCCUUUGCUGUCAGUGAAACAGGUGGUCUGUUUUUCUGGGGAGUGACAAACACGUCCCGUGAGUCCACCAUGUAUCCCAAAGCUGUGCAGGAUCUGUGCGGAUGGAAGGUUCGCAGUCUGGCCUGUGGGAAGAGCAGUAUCAUCAUAGCAGCUGAUGAUAGCACUAUUAGCUGGGGACCAUCGCCCACAUUUGGAGAGCUGGGGUAUGGUGACAACAAACCCAAGUCAUCCACCACUGCUCAAGAGGUCAAAACUCUGGAUGGCGUGUACUCCGAACAGGUGGUGAUGGGCUAUUCUCACUCCCUGGUUAUUGCUCGGCAAGACACAGAGCUGGAGAAAGAAAAGCUCAAGAAGCUUCCCGAAUACAACCCGCGCACACUCUGAUUGGACACCAUUCACAUUUUCUCCAGGGGCUUUUGUUAUGGAAUGCCUCUGCUCACUAGGUCACCUGGGUAAUCACAGUUUGGUUGGGAUGGGAUUUUACUUUUCCUUUAUUUUUGGACAUUGUAAUGCAUUUUUGAAAGACAAGCCACAUGUCGGAUAAAAGUAUGAAAGAAGUUGCAUUAACUGAUCUGUCUAGGCUCGGGCGUUUCAGAAUGGUAAUUGUGGCAUCACAUGCCUGUUUUAUUUUCACAAUAGAGCCAGCAACUACUCAGAGCACUCGGAUUCCACUGGAUCCAUCCUCUUUACUUAUACAUUCCUAAUGCAACUAUAUCACAGAUUCUGUUGUUUAUUUUUCCAUAACGAUGACUGUGAGAUCCAUGUCUGCUCUCUUCCAAAAA